CAGCAGGCAGAGCUUUGGCCGCACUUUGAGCCGAGAUGUUUUCCAGUCUCAGACAGGGCGCGCUCACGAUCGCAUGUCAGUGUUGCUGCCGCCGUUGUUGGAACAACCGUCGUACUUUGCGAUACCGAUUCGGACCUAGCAGCAACCACGGCAGCGUUUUACUUUCGCUGUUACGAUCCUUACCCUCUCGUCAUCGUCGUCGCCGUGCUCGUAUUCUAAAAGAUUUGUUCGUGUGAUCCGAGAAGGGAUGGACGCACCCCAAUGCAGUGUGUGCAGUUCCGGUGCAGUUUCGAUCAGUGCAGUUUGGUCAGUUGUUAUCGCCGCUUCUCAGUGGAAGUGUUAUGCUGCGUGCGCAUGAUGCUAUCAUUGGCCCAUUUGAUAGUGAUGUUUCAAGUGUUCGAGUGAAUUAGUGACGAAUUGUGUCAAAUUAAUCGCAAAAAAGAAACCUUAUAUUGCACCGAAUUAAAAAUAUACAUACGACAAAAAGUCUAACAAGUGGCACAGUUCAAUCACACGCAUUAUAGCUGUGGGAACCGACAAAAUUUGAUGCCUUCGUACAUUGUCCGGAACUAUUGAUGCUAUCCCUUAUCUUCGUGAUUAAGCACUAACACAAAAUUUCAAAGCGCGAACAAAAGUGAGAAGCCGUUAAAAAGGAUCAAAUGAUCCCGGGUGCAAAGUGGUUUAUUUAAAGGUUCGCUUUUGUGUAACGAAUGUUAAUUGUUUCAUUUAACAAGCAGCACGCUGAACCGUCGGCUUAAAUCUUCGAACUACUUCAAGAAUACUGUACAAAAUCAAAGAAAAAGAUGGACCCGUGGCGUGUUGACGAAAAUUGAUUAUGACAACAGGCAGCACAGAUUAUUAUUAUCGAUCUCCUCCAUCUUGCCUCUCGUGUGUUAGUUAACAGUGCCCCAAAAGGAAUGUGUUUCAUUUGUCGCCAAACAUAACUAAACGGUCAAAUCUACAAAGCAAACUAUACCGAAAGAAUGAGUUGUUUGUAGUCUACACGUUUCGCACGAUAUCGGUAGAUGAAAUACUAAAUACACGUUUAAAAAAGUGAUUGUGAAAUUAUUUGAACGACGUGCAGCAUACAACGAUAUUCAAAGUGCAUUUAACGUAAAUCAGUAGUGUAAUUUGAAAACGCAUCACCCCAAAGAAACCGUAUCCGGCAUAAAGCAUUUGCUUAGAGCUUUAAGCAAACUCCCAUCUCGCACAGCAGAAUAUAAAGAUGAAUCAGCAGUGCAAAGUUUGUGGCGAACCGGCAGCCGGUUUUCAUUUUGGAGCCUUCACUUGCGAAGGUUGCAAGUCUUUUUUCGGCCGAUCAUACAACAACUUAUCUUCGAUCUCGGAGUGUAAAAAUAACGGAGAAUGCAUCAUUAAUAAAAAGAAUCGAACCGCCUGCAAGGCGUGUCGGUUGCGCAAAUGCCUGAUGGUUGGAAUGUCGAAAAGCGGCUCUCGUUACGGACGUCGGUCGAACUGGUUUAAGAUCCACUGCUUGCUUCAGGAGCAACAGCAAGCCGCUCAGCAACAAGGAAACCAUCAGAAACCGUCACAACCAGUCGGGAUCCAUGCGGGAAUGUUUCACGGGGGCUAUCCUCAUGGCAUGUAUCCUCGGCCACCAUGCACAAAGGAAGAGCUGAUGCUUCUCGGCCUAGAGGAGUACAGUAAGCACCCAUCUGCAUCGCCCUCCGUUAGUUCUCCUGAUAGUCACAACUCGGAUAGCUCCAAUGAGAUCAAUGAUCGCAGAAAUGCGCUACUACGGCAGGGUAAAUUGCACGAUUCACCAAUCAAUAAGGAUCUGUUCCUUCCACUGCCGUUUGGUGGACUACCAUUGAUGCCGCCUCCUGGCUUCCUGCCCUCGUCACAUCUCAUGUUUCCAGGCUUCCAUCCGGCACUUUAUUCCCAUCCACAAGCAGGUCUGCUAAAGGCUGCUGAUACUCAUUUAACGCUUCCUAGCUCACCCCUCGCCAACAACAACAGUCGCUUUACACCAAAUCACAACACCGAUCAGAGCGUCCAUCCGACCGCGGUACCCGGUAAUGAUAACGGAAAAUCCCCAGAGUCUUUCUCAAAACGCUACAUUCUUGAUCAGGUGCUCGAAUCACAGCGUUGUCCUAGUAAUGGCACGACAGGAAGCGAUAAAGACGAACCUGAAUCGGAAGAGGUGGUCCCUGCAACGAUGACUCCUCCACGGUCUCCUAUUGUGUCUGCUCCACAACAGAACACGAUAGUGCGAAAUUCUCCGACUCCUUCCAGCCAUCGUAAUCAACAAGACAAUCCUAUAGAUUUGAGUAUGAAAACAGGAAGCAGUUGCACUUCCACUGACGAGCGCAGAUCUUCAAUGUCCGGUGCCGAAUCGAAUGGUUCCGAUGAUGAAGCUAAUGCCGACAGUCGCCCGUCAUCCAGAAUGGACAAGUAUAAAUUUACCUUGGCUACCACAGCAAUCCCUGUAGCUACCAAAAACAUUUCGGCCACCAACAAUAUUAACCAUCAUAACAACAACAACAACAACAACAGCUUCAGCAACAACCAAAAUCAUCACCACGAUACAGUACAUCAUUCUCCACGCCCGUUGUCAGUAUCGCCAUCACACCCGGUACAGCAUCACCGAGUGUCCCCAAUACGAUCUGACUCUCCGCGGCACUUGCAACACCAUUACCAAACCCAUCACCAUCAUCAGCAUCUACAGCAGCAACCACAUCGUCAACGUAACGCUCUUGCACAUAAUGUUGGAAGUGGAAGCGAAUCAGACCUCGAGCCAGAGGAAACCGAGUACGAUCGUGAGGUUAAACGUAUGAAGCUGCAAGGUACCACGCCGUUGGACCUUACCACUAAGGUUUAAGCUGCCCAAGUUCGAGGACGCUUCCCGUAUAUGUUGCCGAAGUGAAUGUUGUGGUGCAAUUGUGUUUAGAACUGUCGAGUGUAGCUAAGUGAAAAUAAUUGAUGAUUGAUUAGGUUUUGUUUCGCAACAAGUGCAAAACAUCUUCUGCGAUACCAGUUGCCAGUUGCCUAGAAUAAUAAGUGUAUAGUACAAGUGAAGUAGCAAUUGUUUUAACAAAA